AUGGAAUGGUUGGAGGAGUUCCCUUUAUCGACUGCUAAGUCUCUUCCAAGAGUUUGCUCUAACCGCCAACCAAUUCUAUUGAAUACAAGUGUGGUGCGAGGUGGUCCGAAACCUUUUCGUCUGAAUCUGGAAUGGUUGGAGAUGGAUGGUGUUGGGGACCUUAUAAAAGGAGCAUGGACAAAUUGUGUUGUUGAAGGUAUUGUGGAUUUUUGGUUGCACCAUAAGUUGUUGAACAUCAAACGAAAAUUGAUUAAUUGGAAGAAAGAAAAUAACUUUGACAUUAAAGGAAAAAUGGAUAAGGUUUUACUUGAUAUUGAAGGGCUUGAUCAGAGCAUCCAAGAAGCUGGCACCCUAACAAAGCAGCUUAGAUUGGAGAGAAGCGAGAAAUUGAAAGAGUUAAAUGAUCUUAGAAGAGCUGAGGAAAUUUAUUGGAGAUUAAGGUCUAGAUCGAAGUGGCUUAAAGAUGGAGAUCUCAAUACCAAAUUCUUUCAUGCUAUUGCUAGUGUUAGAAGAAGACAGAAUGAUAUCUUUGAACUUGUUAUUCCAGGGGUUGAUUCUGACAAUGAUCAGGCCAUGGAACUUGCAGUGAUUAAUCACUUCAAGAAGAUAUUUCAAAGGAAGUGA